ACAUGAAGGCAACACUACUGCUAAAACUUAAAAGAAAAAAGAAGAUAGCCACCUUUUUUUUUUUUUUUGUACUGUAGCUUGAACUGGCAACACUCCAUUUUAUUUACAAAUUCUGUUUUGUUGGUAUUUUGGGGGAAACUUAAGGGUCUAUUUUUUUUAUUAUUAUUCUUUAUUUCACAAAUGACCCCCCAGGUGCUCUGGGUUGCGGUUGCAUUGUCCGGCAUCCUCUCCGUGACCUCCUAUGAGGCGUUCAAAUGUCCACAGAUCUGCCGCUGCACGGCCUCCAGCCUCCGAUGCAGCAACGAUACUCAACGGGCUUCUGACAAUAACACCACAUCCAUAGUUCUCAAACACCUGGAUCUUGAAGAACUUCCAACACACGCCUUCAAGCAACUGAUCAACAUAAAAGCGAUUAAGAUCUACUACAGCACUGUAACCCGGAUACAGACACACGCCUUCCUCUCCAUCCACAGCUUGAGAGAAAUCACUCUUAAAAAUAUGAAAAAUCUGAGGACAAUUGAAAAGGGAGCCUUCACUGACCUGCCCGAUCUGAAUUAUUUGUGCAUCUUUGGCACUGGGGUGAUGCACUUCCCAGACUUCUCCUCUAUAUCCUCCUCAGCAUUCCCAUUCAGCCUAAAAAUGCAAGGAAACAUGGCCAUAAAAAAUAUUCCUGCCAAUUCCUUCAAUGGUAUGACAAAGAUGACCAGCGACAUAAGCCUGAUCGGUAGUGGUUUCAAGGAAAUCAACGCACAUGCGUUCAAUGGAACCUUCAUCAGAACACUAGAUUUAAGAUACAACCGACAUCUGUGCAGCCUUCCAGAAGCUGCUUUCGAGGGAGCCUCUGGCCCGCUUUAUCUGGAUGUUUCCUACACAGCUUUGACAUCGCUCCCCCAAACGGGUUUAGAGCAAGUAAAGCGCUUGAAAGCAAAUUCUACUUUUGCUCUGAAGCGCCUUCCUCCAUUGGAGAGUCUGGCUGAACUUGGGGUGGCCGAGCUCCCGUACGCAAGCCAGUGCUGUGCCUUCCGCGUCUGGUACAGCAAGCACAGACAAGAGGCCCGCAAGAAUCCAAACCCAUUUUGUCAAUGGAUACACAAACAUUUUGGUCGAGGCAUUGACCUCUACAAAAAGAAUCCACAAUUGGAAGAUAUUUGUCCCAGCCAUGACGGCAUCAAGUGCACGCCAGAGAAAGAUCCUUUUAACCCUUGCGAGGACCUCCUGGGUCCCGUCCUGGGCAAUGUCACAUGGAUAAUAGCCUUUUUGACCAUUGUUGCGAACAUAACAGUGUUGGUCAUGCUGCUCUUUACCGGUCGCAAGCUAACUAUCUCACGAUUUCUUAUAUGUAACCUUGCCCUGGCAGACCUGUGCAUGGGCUUUUACCUGAUGCUCAUUGCCCGCAUGGACUGCCACUCUCGCCACGAGUACUACAACCACGCCAUGGAAUGGCAGACGGGCCCUGGAUGCGACACCUCAGGCUUCCUGACAAUGUUCUCAAGCGAGCUAUCCGUUUAUACGCUCACUGUGAUAAGCUUCGAACGCUGGUACACCAUUAUCAAUGCCAUGGAUCUAAACAAGAGGCUGGGGAUGCACCAUGUGGUGGCCAUCAUGGUUGCAGGUUGGGUCUUCUCCCUGCUGGUUGCUAUGCUGCCCUUAGUGGGAGUCAGCAGCUACAGCAAAGUCAGCAUCUGUCUCCCAAUGGAUAUUGACUCGUGGGUUUCCCAGGCGUACGUGAUGGUUGUGUUAUUGCUUAAUGUCCUUGCAUUUCUGGGGGUGUGUUUCUGCUACGUGUGCAUCUACCACAGUGUCCGCAAGCCAGAGCCUGCCAAUCACUACAAUGACACAAAGCUUGCCAAGCGCAUGGCGGUGCUCAUUUUCACCGACUUCCUUUGCAUGGCGCCAAUCUCCUUCUUCGCAAUCUCUGCGACACUGCACAUGCCCCUGAUCACCGUGUCUCACUCCAAAAUUCUACUCAUCAUUUUUUAUCCCAUCAACUCACUCUGCAACCCUUUCCUCUACACCAUCUUCACUCGGGGCUUCAGGAAAGAAGUGCGCCUGCUGCUCCAACGUUGGGGAAUACUCUCGUAGCAUUUAAAGGUAAAGCUCCACAGCUCCCAAAUUACCUGCAUCGAAAUAAUGCCCAGCACAAAAACACACUUUACUUAUUCUGCUAUUCACUCAAAUGGAUGGAUGGAUGGAUGGAUGCAUAUGUUUCAGCGUAUACUAUAUUAUAUAUUAUACUCUACGUUAACUGUAUAAGCAGAAUCAGAAGUAUCUUCAUUGGCUGGAACGCUGACCUUUGACGUCCUGACUUUUGGAACAACUACAAGGCCAAAGAUAGACAACCUUAGGGCCCGCAAGGCUUAAUAGGGUAAAAGCUUGAAAACUUUGAAAACUUGAAAAACAGAAAAAGAACCUUAAAAAUCACAUUGGGAGCAAAUGCAGUGAUGGAAUGUGUUCCCUUCUUCUGGUGUUGAUUAAGAUACAUUCUGCUUCUGUAGCAACUGUUGGACCAGACCAGAAAGCAGGGCAUUACGGUAAUCAAUCCGACUGGGGGAAAAAAAGCAUGCAUUAACAUCUCGGUGUUGGCUCUACAUAGAAUGGCGUGGACGCUGGCUAUGUUCUUUCUAUGAUAAUAACCUGUUUUUGUGAGAAUUUUUUUACGCGUGCAAUAAAAGUGAGAAAGGUCUAGAAUAACACCCAGGUUUUUCAUAAGUAGGGAAGGAUUUAAGAACUGUGCUAGUAGUUGAGUCAGAGGGGCUAUAGCUAAGACUUCAGUUGUGUCCUGGUUAAACUGAAGUCUUGCCAUCCAGUAUUUGAUAUUUAAAAUAUACUGUAGUUUAAAAGUCAUAAGGAGACAUCACAUAGUUACACAUCAUGAGCAUAGCUGUGGAAGUUCCCUCCAUGCCUCCUGAUGACACUCCCAAGAGGGAGGAUAUGCACAUUGUGGAAGAUGGGUUAACAUUGAUCCUUGUGGAACACCACGUUAUUUCAUGGCUAUCUAAACUUAUAAACCUUGUCAGUGGAGUGGAAAAGAAAAAUAGAUAUUUGUGUAUAGUACGAGGGAGGACAACCAAAUGUUUAAGUCUAUUUAAAAGAAUAGUCUGGCCUACUGUGUUGAAGGAAAGACUAAAAUUCAGGAGAAUCAGCUCAGUGAAUUGACACUUACCAGAACUGACUCAAAAAUUUUGAGGGCCAUGCUAAAACCAGACUGAGACUUUUCAAGAGUAUUGAAAUUUCUUAACAAGCAAAAUCAUCUCAUUGAAUCAAUUAUCUUUUUUAAGAUUGUGCCUAUUGAUGGUGGUUUUUAAUUAUUAUUUUGCGUGUGUCCUGUUUGGCUGUUGGUGAGAAAGUAUGAAUGAGUGAGUAGUGUGAGCAUGUGCUGAGUGAGUGAUUAAGAGGCAAGGCUCCCACAGGUCCGCCCCAUCAGGCUGGACACAUCCAGACCCACAGCAUCACCCCCAGGACUACCCCCUCCAACACCCCUGCCGUUACCCAUUACCAACCACCAGGGCAGUCGUUGUUAAAAUUAUUAAAAUGGGAAUAGCUCUUCUUCAGAAGGGGCGUUACAACCGCUGCUUUGACGUGCACAGGGAAGAUUCUCUCCUGAAGAGAGCAACUUAGAAAUGUUGAAAAGCCCUUAUGUAAAAAUCCAUAAAAUGUUUUCAAAAUUGAUGAGGGAAAUGGGUGUAAAAGACAUGAUGGACUCAGACUCUGUCAAGUAUCUCAGCAGCAAUCAGCACAAAAUUGUGCAAGGUCUCCUCAGGUAAAGAUGCAAUAUUUGGAUAAAAUGCUGCAUCCGACAGUCUCGAACUUUACACAGGAGUGGACUGCCAAGUCUUCACUGACAAUUCCAGUUGGAGUAAAAAAAAGUAGCUGUUAAAAUCCUGAUUCAAUAACUAUUAAAUGGCAGAGAGUAAAACAUUUUGAUUUUUUGUGUGUGUGAUUACCUUGGCAAAAUAAGCAUUUCUAAGAAAUCUCAUUUUUAUUAUAAAAUAUAAAUUGAUCUCAGAAAAUCUGUUAAUUGAUUCUUCUCUCUGCCAGCCCCCGGUUUUGUUUUCAUUUAAGGCCAAAUAAUCCAUUCAUGAUGUUGUUCUAAAUGUACAUUUCUCUGAGCAGUCAACAUAAGAGCAAAUGUUGAGCUGUGUGGCCUGAGCGCCGACCUUUGUAUGUACCAUUUACAGUCACCCAUUCAUAGUCAAAGUCAUUGUCUAUGAAAUGGGAAAAACAUGAAAAGUAAAAUUUGCCAUUCGUUGGUAAGCUCCUCUCAUCAUUUUCAUGAGAGCCGCUAGACCUUGUCAAAACGUAAAAUUUAUGUAAUUGAUAUUUAAUAUACUGUGUUGCUCACACUGCACUGCACAGCCAAAGUAGUUCCUGGACUACAAAAUCUUCCAUUCCACGUUCUGUCAUAUUAAUGGUUAGGCUUGACCAAGUUUUAAUUGGAAUUUCGAGGUACAUCAAAAAUUGAACUUCAGAACAUUUUGGUGGGGUUUAUACUGUAUAUUAUCAAAACUAUUCUUAUGAUUGCACUUUUGCGCAUUGUGUAUAAUAUUGGAUUCUGUGUUAAAUGUAAUUUGAGUGUAGAAGUUUCCAAUUUUAUCAAUCCACAAACUACUGAUAAUUAAAUAUGCACUCAUGAAACCCUAAGGGACUUCUUGACUGUUUAGACUGUGAACUUCAACAAUAAAACAUUUUUGUAAAGAUAAA